AUGCGAAGAGUCAAAAAGUCCCGCAACGGAUGCGCUAGAUGCAAGAGCAAACGGGUGAAAUGCGGAGAGGAAAAACCUCAUUGUAAUCGCUGCACACGACUAGGAGUUCAUUGUCCUGGUUAUGUUCAAUCUCUACGAUGGGUCAGUCAGCCCGUAAAUCCCAGUCCGACUGCAUCAUUGGAGGGUGGAAAAGUAUAUGAUGAUUUGCAGUUGGCUAGUUCCAAUCAUAUGGGUACUUCAGAGCUUGAACUUGAUAGUCUUGCUGCCUUCGACAACCUAUGGUUUGUUCCAGUAGACGAUACUCUUCCGGAGCUCAUGGACUUGCAUCCACCCUCCCCUCCAGGUCUUUCAAAUUGCCAAGACCCGGUAAAUGACUUUGCACCCGGAAACACAGAACCAGACAUAUCUGGCUUACUCUCGUUGCUCGGGCCAUUUGAGGAAGAAAAUCAUGGAAGCAUCUAUCGUCACUUCUCGCCUUCUGCCAUUGUACGAAGCUACCAUCCCCCGGGUCAACGUACACUUCCGCCCGCCUUCAUGUCAAUAUCUCGACCUCUGAAUAAUUCAUCAUGGACUCUCAUUGAGUACUACUUCAAAGAAGUUGCAGCGCUUUUUUCCAGCUAUGACAGUCAGAUGAACCCAUUCCGCACCACUGUGUCUCGUUUAUGGGGUUCAUCACGAACCAUGUUCCUCACAAUGCAAAGCAUGGCAGCUGCAAGCCUAGUCAACGAAUUCCCACAGUUCGGACUGAUGGGCCAAAACCUGCGCCACCAGGCUGUCGAUCUUAUCUCGAGUGAGGCAGUUAUGGAUGACAAAGCGCUGCUAGCAAUACUCAUGCUCGGCCAAACCGCCAGCUGGCAUGAUCCCAAAGAUUUAGGCAUUUCAUUCUUCAACAUUCUCCGAAAACAGCUGAAUACCAAUCCUACCCCAGGAAGCUCUGGCAUUGGCUUCAUUAAGAACAGCAGUAAUAACUACCGCUUCUUUGAUGAAGCCCUUGUCUAUUGGGAGAUGCUCCUCUCAUUCGUAGCCGACAACGAGAAGAUGACCACCUCAGAUCAUUCCAAUGUCUCUUCAAGUGAACUGCUCGCUCUACAGUGCGUCCCACAUCCCUGGACUGGUAUCGCAAGAGAUACGCAGCUCACUGUUAACGAGGUAGGCAAACUAGUUCGCCGUGAACGGAAACGUAUUCUUGCAACAAAGUUCACCUCUCGCAAUGAAAUCAAUCGCGAUCAAAUGACCAUCGACAAGGCCUAUGAACUCGAAGAGCGUCUGUUGGCUCUUGCGCACCCCAAUGAAACUGAAAUUGUCAGUCCUGGAGACGACGAUACCCCAGUUUGGCAUCUUCUCACCAUGGCCGAGGUCUACCGCUGCACGGGACUGAUCCAGCUAUACCGAGUCUUCCCAGAUCUCCUGCGCAGCCGUCUAUCACCAUAUGAUGUGCAUUUCGAUACGGCGCAUCUAGCAUCACUGAGUCCGCUACUUCACAACCUUGACAGCAGGAAUGUUUCCACUAGAACCGAUAAUCAAACGCCCGGCAAUCCAUCGAACGAAAACUGGACUCCUACUCACAGAAUCUCUCCCUCGCCACCAAAAUCAUCUCCCAGCAUCGAUAUCUUCUCACCUUCAUUUCAAAAUCAUCAUUAUCAAGCUUUCACAUCCACACCUAAGGAUUCUGAUCCAGUCAAUAUAUAUGACUCCUGGCUCACCGAAUUAGCCGUAACAACUCUUUCCCGUCUCAAAACACUUCCGUUCGAAUCCCGCACCCGGUGUCUUCAACCUCUGCUACUAGUGGCCAGCUGCAGUGAACUACGUCUGACACCCCCAUCACAAACCUCUGCUCCUUAUAAUAGUCCAAAUGGCCAGAUUCCCAGCGGGCAGCUCGAAGGAGAUGACAAUCCGAGUACAGGUACAGGGCCAGAAACAGAAGCAUCAUGUAUCUCCAUGGAGGCGAUUGAAGUCUCAAAUACGCGCAAAUUCAUUCUUGGUCGGCUGACGUCCUUAUUGCAUGUUCUACCACCUAGACCGGUUCAGGUGUGUUUGAAACUGGUUGAGGAGGUAUGGAGACGGAUGGAUGCUGGUGAGACGGAUAUAUUUUGGAUUGAUGUGAUGAUUGAAAAUGGAUGGGAGACUACCAUGGGAUGA